CACUCCUGCGGAUAUUAAUGUAAACGUGAAGUUUCUGGUCCGCCCGGCUGCCAGUUUGUCACGAUGAUCCGCUCCAUACUCGCGGCGCUGUGGGCGCGACAGGCCUCGGGCGCGGCGUGGAAGUACUUCGACCCGGCGCUCGGCGCCGACAACUGCAGCGAGCCGGCGCUGCCCCUGUCCUGCGACUACGCCAGGUGGCCCGCGCCGUCCUGCGCCGGCGAGGCGCCGGCGUCGACCUGCGUCGCGCCCUGCCCCCUCUGCGCCGACCGCGCUCAGGAGAUCCUGGAACGGUCCGAGGCCGUCGCGUCGAAGCUCAUGGCCGCGGACCCCAAGGCGCACGCGCCGCCCGUGAGCGAGUGCCGGCCCUACGUGCAGACGUCCAAACACCACCGCGACUACGGCCAGAUCACGCUGAACUUCCGCGCCGGCGGCGUGCUCGCCUGGGUCGCCACCGAGGCCGAGGGCACGGAGACGGGCGACAUCCUCGAGAUCGGCGCGAGCUCGGGCGUCGGGUCCACGCGGAUCCUGUCCGAGUCGCUCCGCUGGGCGAUCGAGGAGGGCCUCACGGCGAAAGGCCGCCGCCUCCACAGCCUCGAGUUCCGCCCCCACCUCGUGGCGUUGGGCCGGUCCAUGGCCGCCGCCUGCGGCUGGCCCAGCGACACGCGCCUCGCGUCGGCCGUCGACGCCGCGUGCAUGCCGACGUGCUCCGGGACGCGUCCAGCCGCGUGGCUCGCGAACGAGCGGUCGGGCGCGGCCAUGCACGAGGUCGGCGUGCUCGGCGCGCUCUGCGCGACGCGGAAGUUCUCCGUGAUCUUCGCCGACGGCGGCGCGUUCACGGGCGACGACGAGUGGCGCCAGAUCAAGGCGUUCUGUGGUCACGUGAAGUGGAUCGUCCUGGACGACACGCACGAGAAGACGCCCAUGAUCCUCGCCGAGGCCCACGCGAACCCGGACCGCUGGGAGGUUGUCUACGAGGAGAGCCUCUGCGACGCGUCGACGGCGCCGGGCCGCGGCGGCGCGCGGCGGCGCCUCGCGGACGAGGGCAACGGCACCGCGACGGGCCGGCGCCGCCUCGCGGUGCUGACGCAGCGCGAGCGCGCGCGCGCGAAGCGCACGCAGAAGCAGGGCCGGGCCAUCCGCGUGAACCGGGGGAAAGCGUCGAAGAAGCCCCCGGCGCCGUCGGCGCCGAAGCAGAUGGCGAAGAACCGCGGCAAGGCGGCCGCCGCGGACGCGGACGGGCCCCGGCGGACGACGUACCAGUGCGGCGGCAACACGCACAACGGCAAGUUCAACGGCAUCAACGGCGCGACGGGCGGCUACCACCGCCAGUUCGCGCUGAUCCGGCACAAGUGGGCCUUCGGCGACCACUCGCCGGACGUGCCGCCCAUGUCCAUGCCGCCGCCGCCGCCGUCGAAGAAGGCGAAGAUGAUGCCGCCGCGGAAACGGCCGCCGCCGCCGCCGGUCAAGGACCCCGUCGGCGCCGCGCUGCCGGCCGCGUUCAGCCUCGCGCCCGCGGCGCCGCCGCCGCCGGAGCCCGCGGUCUCCGCCGAGGCCCUCGGCAAGCUCGAGGCGGCCCUCGCCAUCCCGAGCCACGACGUCGCCAAGGAGGUCGAGACGCUCCCCGCCGCCGCGGCCGACGACGCCGCGGCCGACGAGCCCGCGCCCGAGGGCGUCCCGCGGGCCGCCCUCAUCCCCGUCUUCGUCGCCCUCUUCUUCGCCGGCCGCGCCUUCGAACUGCGCCGCGCGCGGUAAAUUUUGCGGACUUUAGGCUAAAGUUUAGC